AACUUGGAGGCAUCCAACAAACACAGAACUGGCUCUGAUGGGGAAAUAAUUGCCUUGACUCGAUGGACAAAUGCAGAAAGCCACAGAAAUGAAGAUCAGAAGAGUGCCACCUUGGAGAGAAAUUCCAGCCUAGAUGAAAGUUCGACGUUUCUCAUGGGCUACAGACAAGAUUCCACAGAAGCAAUUACACCUGGGCAGACUCCAGCUGUUACCCGCACCAAGGCUGUGACCAGCGGUAGCUACUUCACUCUCAGAUUUUCAGACUCUGCUGGUAAAGAGGAUGAAUGUGUCGUGGUGGCUGCAGCAAAGAAUAAAUCCCUCAGGGAAGCUCUAGAGCCAGUUCUACAAGCCAGAAAUAUGGAUGUAACUUUCAUCAACGUCUUUAUCGAGAAGUCUCAGACACCUUUGCCAAUGUCAUGUGACACCGUCUUUCUGGCAGGAAACCUUCUUGAGGUCAAAGAGAAAGAGAACAGACAACCUGUGAAACCUCUCAAGAAAACCGAAUCCAAGAGAUCUGAGAGAAAGCUAGAGCGUAGCUCUAGAAGAGAUUCGUUGGGGCUGGUGACGCCCCUGACAGAGGCACCCUACAGCAAGCAGCGCCGGGGCUCCCUGCAGCUCCCUUUCAGGGAACAUUUCUUCACCCGCUCAGAUUCCAGGACCGAGGGCCCCAAGACAACAGAAGACGUGUCA